UCAUAACGUUUUUUUCUAUCUGUGCCGUGCAUAUCUUAGAAGUAGUAUUUUGUAAUUUUUAUAGAAAAUUUUAUGUAUUAACGACAUUAUGUAUUUCUGAAAUUAAGCAAAAUGGAUUUGAAGACGUUGAUGUAACAAAGUAAUCUGAAUGUUCAUUGAACAUUUUAUUAUUCAUAAUUUGUUACCGCGGGAAAACUGUGAGACGUUUGACUACUAUAAUGGCCGCAAUAGCGCCAAUGCUUUUAGUGUUUGUUCUUUCCUAAUAAAAUUUUAGAAUGGAAUAAGGUUUCUGUAUGUUGUAUAUAUUAAAAAGAAACUUAUUUGAAAUGGACGCUGAGGUUUCAAGGCAGUUGUCCCUGAUCGAUGUUCUUCUGAGCAACCUUGACAAAACUAUUACGCCAUGUGCCAAUAUAAAGAAUGACAAAAAAGAAGAAGAAACACAGGAUGCAAUGCCAGACUCUACAACCAACACGGAAAAAAAUAACGGCAACCCAUUCCACUGUGGAGAUGAUGUACUUGUGCUAAAUAAAGAUGACCGAUAUUACUUAGGUACAAUAAUAGAGCUAAGUACGAGCAAUGACAACGACUCGUGCGAGGUGGGCACGGGUGAUGCGCGAUGCCUCGUCAAGUUCGGCGACGGUACUCACGCGUGGGCGCCGGUCACCUCGCUCAAGCUGCUGUCGGCGCCGCCAGCGGACGAUGGCCGCAUCAUGUGCGUGGUGUGCAAGCGCCGAGAGGACUGCGACACGAACGCGGUGGUCGCCUGCGAUAUGUGCGGCCGAGGGUACCAUGCUAAGUGUCAUACACCACCCGUUGAAGGUUGGAUACAUGGUGCAUCAUGGCAUUGCAAGAGAUGCGUAGAGCAGCGCUACCGCGUGGCCGCGGCGGAGAACCGCGCGCUCAAGAGGUCCGACCUGUUCCGGUACAAGGGCGGCCAGCAGCGCCGACAGCAACAGGAAUUAACACCCCCCUGCGAUACUGCGUCGACGACAUCCUCGUCAACUGCUUCUGAUGGAGGUAAAGAUCAGAAUGAAACGCAUUGCUACUGCGGAGAGAAAAGUGACUGGCUUGCACAGAUGCUAUUAUGCUGUAGAUGUUCUCGAUGGUUUCACCAAAGAUGUGUAUCAAGUUUGCAGUACCCGCUCUAUGCUGGUGAUAAGUUGUAUAUAUUCGCGUGCGGCGCCUGCAACGGCGGCGGCGAGUACCUGCGCCGGCUGGAGCUGUGCUGGCUGGAGCUGGCGCACCUCGCGCUCUACAACCUCACCGCAUACAACGCUCCCAACUACUUCGACCUGGACACUGUCAUCAUGCCCUACAUCAUGGACAACUGGCAUGCGCUGCAGCUGCCCGAAAAGCUCGCCGCACUCGACCAGAUUAAAAAGGGUGAGCCGUUGACUGAUGAGCUGGUGAGAGAGUACGCGCCUCGACUGCGGUUCCUGUCACGACCACCCUCGCCGCAGACGCUUGAUGACAGUUCUCAACCCUCUAGCAGUAACAAUGAUAAAAGUUCCUAUAUGAAUCAAAGCCAGCACAUGAUAGUGCCCGUCGACGGCCACUGGCUCAACCUGAUGAUGGGCAAACGCUUCCACGAAAACCUCAACUCCAACUCCAACUCGGAGAAUGAUUCCACCAGCUCGUACGAGUCGGUGAAGACCAGCGAGCGCGACGAGAGACCCUCGCCCACGCCCGUCUGCACCACAGCAAGGAAACCUGAUGCCAAAGACACAGACCACCAAGACCACCAGGACCACCCGGAGACCAACGAAGUCAGCGAGACCACGCCCCCCUCCAGCAGCGUCUCCCUCCCCUGCACCGUGCAGUUAGACAAAAUACCCAAAGACAAUAUAGAAGAUGUUAAUUUUAACAAACCGUCCACCAGCACCGUUAACAUUAACACACAUACAACUAGAAUAGCCACCAUGAAUCUAGAAGUAUCCAAAUUGUCCACUAAGAAUAUUAUUGAACAUUCCAAGAUAUUAUCCCUCCAGCAUAUGGAUAGUAUACCAACUUACAGCAGUACCUUUAUUCAUGAAGUAGAGUCUUCCGGAGAUGAGACUUCGAGCCGAGGCACAUUAGAUGUUAUAAUACCACCGCUAAAAGAUUUUCAAGGCAAGAAUAAUCCGUUCCUAAUGCAGAAUAAGUAUACAUCAAAAAUGCCAUUCUCAUCAGUGAAUUUAUGGAACAAACAUAACGGGAAGCAGCAUCACUUCCACUCGAGGUUCUCGUUGCCGGGGCAACUGAACCCACUGAUGGGACCUAUGAUUAGACCAAUGAAACGGAAACUUAGUGAAAAGGAUAUUGUGAUUGGUCCUAAUGGUGAGGUUAAAAGAAGAAAAUACAGACGACCGAGAAAGUAUAUGCAGAUGCAGCUGAACAAAUCAUGUCCCCUACCAGAAGAUUCAACAAAAACAGCGCCAACACAAACAGAG